GGUACAUACGUCCCAGGGUGCGUGCGUUCUCUCCACCCGGAAGCAAUAGACCAUUCAUUUUCAUUCUUGAAGAUGGAGGAAACUUCGCUGGAAGCUGAUAUUGAUGACUGGUUUAUCGAGUCAUUAAAACUAUACAGCGAUCUUCACGUGUUCGAACUUCAAGAACCAACCCAGGUUAUUGAGUGGACUGCGGAAAAAAGUGUUUGUGUAGCCGGUUAUUCAACUACAAAAACAAAUGAAAUUUUAGAGCUUCUUUUGCCACAAAAGCUCUUUGCAAAAGGGAACCAGGGUCUUUGUUCUGAAAGAGAUUUUAAAGUAGGUCAUGGUGGUUUCUCUGAGGAGUCUGUUAACUGCCUGAAACAUAUUGCAGGAACCAGGUGUGUUGUCACCAGCGGUGCCCCUGGCUCCAAACUGCAGGUAUGGCAGAUCGGAGAAGAUGACAGCGAUACGAUCAAGAAUACAGGAUGUAUAGAGCCUAAGAUUAGCUCGGAUAAACAGUGCAGAAUUGCAUCCGGCUCUGCAGGAGCUGCAUGCGUUUUACAUGGCUCUGAAUUCAGAGAUAUCCAAAUAACCGAGCUGGCCUCAGGAAGAGUGCUGUACGCAAUGGAUUCGGGCUCGUCGGAUCCCGUGAGCGGCCUGCAGUUCGUGGACGGCGACACGUUCCUGGUGUGUGGCGAACGCGGCGACCUGUGUCUGUGUGACACGCGGGCGCCCUCUGCCCUUCAGAUGGGCCGCCCCGGAGAUCGGGGGGGGGGCUCCUUCUGGAACAUGGGGCUGAAGAGAGGCCCCUCCCCACCGGACGCCGCCGCCUCCCGCACGGUGGCUCAGCUCUCCUCCUCCGGACAGGUGGUCGUGUCGGAUCUGAGGGAUUCGAGAGGUCCACUGUGUCGGGCCCAGCUUAACGUCCCGCACAAAACCCCCCCCUGCCCCGACCUUGUGACCGUGACGUGGGCCCCCGCUUUGAGCGAUCACCUUGCAGUUUCAGGUUUUGAUGGAACAGUACAGAUCUAUGACACCGCGGAUUGGGGACCAGAAUUAAAGGAGACAGAGCCACUGUUUACACACAGAGGUCAUGUGAUGUCGUCGGGGUUUGAGGCGGACGCUGACGCUGCUUUGGUCACGACUCACGUUUGGCAUCCAUGGAAACCGCGGACUGUUCUUUCGGCCGCAACCGACGGGUCCUUACACGUGUGGGACUGGGUGGACGACAGAGCUGGCAACACUUGAGUCUUGAAGACUGUCUGAGAACAGGGUGUUCCCAAGACAUGCAAGUAGCCAGCCGAUUAAGAAAAGCUGAAGGCUAGUUGGUAGAGGUUGCACAGAUACAACACUAUCAGAAGAACUGUCAUUCUGGGAUGGCGGUUUCGCAUGAACUGUUGACAGCAUUAGCGACGGGAGAUUGAAAGUUUGUAAACCCCCCGUCUGGAGGAGGUCCCCAGUUGGUGUGCAACACAGUACCGUCGUUUCAUUUCCCCUUUAAUGCUCGCUUCUGUUAAUCUCAUCUGCCUAUCUCACAUCUAUACAGGCACUCACUUCUCGUUUAAGUGUGAAGGGUGAAACUGGCAGUCGAUGACAGACACAAAACACAAAGAAAAAUGUACAUACCUGUAAACAGUGAUCGUCCCAUUUUACCAAAAUGAUUUGUAAACUAGCAAUCUAUUCAGCUAUAAACUAAUUGGUUGACAGAA